AUGGGGGUCAAAACUGAUUUGCAACCCGAAUAUGGAGAAAGACGUACUCGUUUGCCUCCCGGGCCUUGGAAUUUGUCAAGAGCAAAGAAGAGAGAGGUUUGCAAUUCUUUCUAUGGUAUGAAGGUCCCUGAAGGUUAUUCUUCAAAUAUAAAAAAUCUUGUAUCUUUACAAGAUUCAAGACUUCUUGGCCUUAAAUCACAUGAUUGUCAUACCUUAAUACAACAAUUGCUCCCUGUGGCAAUUCGUUCUGUUUUGGAGAAGCCUGCAAGGUAUGCAAUAACUCCUUUGUGCUUCUUCUUCAAUGCUAUAUGUGCAAAGACGGUUGAUGUUUCCAAGCUAGAUAAGUUGGAAGAAGAUGUAGUAGUUACUUUGUGUUUGCUUGAGAAGUACUUUCCCCCUUCAUUCUUUGAUAUCAUGGUUCAUCUAGUAGUACGUCUUGUCAGAGAAGUUCGUCUAUAUGAGCCAGUAUAUUUUAGAUGGAUGUAUCCGUUUGAAAGAUAUAUGAAAGUGCUAAAGGGGUAUGUUCAGAAUCGUACUCGUCCCGAAGGUUGCAUUGCUGAGCGGUAUAUAGUUGAAGAAGUUGUAGAGUUUUGUACCGAGCAUUUAUCUGAUGUUAAUACAGUUGGAGUGCCUUCAAGCCAAAAGAUGGGAGUUUCAAAGCCAUUAUCAGGUUGCACAGUGAGCGUAGUUAAUCAGGACCUGUUGAACCAAGCACAUCUAUAUGUCUUGGAGAAUACGGAGGAAGUCCUACCUUAUAUCGAGCAACAUAUGAUCCACAUCAAGAACGCUUAUCCAAAAUUUAGAAAGAGAACAAAGUGGCUGCAAGAUAAGCACAAUAGCAUUUUCAUUCAAUGCCUACGCUUCAAGGUUCAAAGUGAACUUAAUGAGGAAGACAAUCAUGGCGCAUCAGAAAAUUUCAGGUGUGAUUGGAUAGAUAGUACUUCUGGUAUUGUAGUCGACGAACUUGGAUUUACCCGUGUAGAUUUGAGUAAAAUUGGACAUAGGAAUUACCAAUUUGUUUUGGCUUCUCAAGUCAAACAAGUAUUUUUUGUUGACGACCCGAUGCAUCAUGGUUGGCCGGUAGUGUUAUUAAUGCCUAAUAGAGAAUAUAAUGAUGUUAUUGGUGAUGAUGUCUUAGGUGAUGUGAGAAUUGAGUGUGAGCCAUUUACUAUAGGAAUGCCAAAUGUUGACACAUUUGAUGAACUAGUGGGUGAGUUUGGGAGUCAAAAUAUUCGAGAUGGGUGUGAAGAUAUAUGGAUUGAAUGA